UGGCUCAGACAACAGGCUACUGGAAGGAAAUGGUGUGAAAACCUUAGAGCCUAUUGACAGAAUGUCUGGACACGGCAAGAGGAAGGCAAAGCCCUGGUCUUCAAGAUCCCAGUCAAAGAGGGCUGGUUUGCAAUUCCCCGUGAGCCGUGUCCACCGGUACCUGAAGAAGGGGCGCUAUGCAGUGAGAAUAAGCCCCAGUGCUGCAGUCUACCUGGCCUCUGUGCUACAGUACCUGAGUGCUGAAGUGCUGGAGGCAGCAGGGUAUGUGACCCAGGCAAAGGGGUACCAACGCAUCAUGCCAAGGCAUAUCCUGCUGGGCAUUAAGUGUGACGACGAACUGCAUAAACUGUUCAACCAUGUGACUAUUCCCCAAGGAGGUGUCCCGCCCAGAAUUGAGAAGCUGCUUCUGACCAAGAAAACCAAUAAAAAGUCUGUGAGUAGAAAGAGAGCUGUCCCCUGCUAGUUCCCCUCCAGCUGCAGCUGAACCUGGAAAUGAGGAGUGGGGUCUGGCUCACUGAGACUGGAUUUCUGUGCUACAGGCUUCACUUGGUGCACUUGGUUUGUGUGUUGCUG